GCAGCCAAAUAACGGGUGGUGCGAUUCUGGGAUUGCAAUUGGGAUAAUAAGUUACAUCUACUUCAGUAGCUAUUCAAAUCGCUCCAACUGUCAGAGUACAAAGUCUUCCUUCGCGGUUAGUCGUCGCUGCCAGUGAAGACAGUUUUAAUAGCAUGUAAACAGACCGAGGCUCAGGUGUAGAGCGCGGUUACUUUGGAGGGGGAAAAAAGUUCGUCAGCUCCUCACUCGCGGAACAGAGCGACGGGACGUCCCUUCCCUGUAGCAACCUGCGUCGACGACUGAUGUGAAUUUCCUCUCCGCUGAGACAUAUGACCGGAGCCUCGUUGGGAAGGCGUGUUCUCGCCUGAAAGUGUUGUUUUAUUUGUUUCACCGUGCAACCAGCGCGCUGCUUUAACUAUAGCGACGCUGAUAGAAAAUGGCCUUUCACUCGAGCUCGUCCGGUAUGGAAGAAACGUCAAACUCUUUAAUUAUGAAUGAGUGGGAUCGUCUAGAUACUGAGGACACCUAUGGGUGCCCGGCUACUGCUGAGCUCAGUAAGGCAGUGUCAGUGUCCUUAGGUUUGGAUUCGGUGUCUUCUCCGCUCAACAACAUGAACCAUUGCUCCAGCAGCGCCUUUACAGACUGCGACCCCACAGUAGAGAGCAGUUCAGGAGUGCCGGACUUAGGGGCGGCUGGAAAUAUGAACUCAGAAGGCAGCAGGUUUCUACUGAAUGACAAUAGCCAGAGAGAGGGAGGCUUUGGAGCAGUGUGCCAUGCCAUACAGCAGGUGAGCUGCAUGGAUCUGCUCAGAUCGGGCGAAAUGGACAGCGCGCAAACCCUGACGCGCGGCCCGGUGAUAUCCAGAUACGUCGGCAAGGAAUCAAACUUGUUUAUGAACCCGGUGGUAGGGUUGCCCGCGCCCUCUCAGGUGGACGAGUUCUUACCUUUGAAACAACAUUCUGCAUACUCUGCCAACCCAGUCGUGUACAGAGACACCCAGGGUGUGUGGUGCGCAAAUGAGCGCGCAUACAGCGGUCGACCCGAGCCGGAGAGAGGCGGAUCCGGCGGGCAUAAUUUGUUGUGUAAAUACUGUAAUUGUGGGCAAAACUCCCUCGGGUCCAGACAGGAGUGCCGCUGCGUCUGGUACGGCAAAGGUGAGCAGGGUGGUGGUGGUAAAGCUGGCAUACGAGCAGCGAUGGCACAGGAGUAUGGUCAAGUGGAAAGAUACCAAAGUACAGUUGCUCAAGGGCAGGCUACUUUUUCUACUAUCAAGACCGAACCUUCAGUUUGGGUGGAUUGCGCAGAUCGCAGUUUCAGGCAUGAGGAUUUAUUUCCAGGUGUGUACCUGUCAGACAGGAGAGUGUGUCAGGUGUGCGGUGAUGAUGCCUCUGGUUGUCACUAUGGAGCAGUCACCUGUGGCAGCUGCAAAGUAUUCUUCAAGAGGGCUGCUGCAGGUAAGCAGAACCACCUGUGUGCCAGCCGGAACGACUGCACCAUCGACAAGCUGAGGCGGAAAAACUGUGCCUCGUGUCGCUUAAAGAGGUGCUUCAUGUCAGGAAUGAGCCUUAAAGGUCGCAGGCUGAAGGGAGCCGGACAGAUGAGAAACGGAGAGGAGGAGCAACCACCAGCUGCCUGGGGGUCUGGAGAGAGGGCCAGGAAAAGAGAUGUAAUCUUGGAACCCGGAAGUGCAGCUGCCAGGGCUCAAGGUGCAACGUCCCAGGCCCUGGUUCUAGGCGUACCCCCGACCCUGCGCUCCUGCUUCUCCCUACUCAGCAUCCUGCAGGCAAUUGAGCCAGCCGUAGUCAAUGCUGGACACGACCAAGCCCAGCCAGACAGCCCUGCGUCCUUGCUCACCAGCCUCAAUGAGCUCGGGGAAAGACAGCUGGUAACCGUGGUGCGUUGGGCCAAGGCAAUACCAGGUUUCCGUGAUCUCCAUGUGGAUGAUCAGAUGUCAGUGAUUCAGUUGUCAUGGAUGGGGGUGAUGGUGUUCGCUUUGGGCUGGAGGUCCUACACUCUUACCAACAGCUCCAUGCUCUACUUCGCUCCAGACCUGGUCUUCAAUGACCAGCGGAUGCAAGUGUCCAGUAUGUAUGAACACUGUGUGAGAAUGAAGCUGCUCUCCCAAAGGUUCAGCAUACUGAAGGUCACCCAAGAGGAGUUCCUCUGCAUGAAGGCCCUGGUCCUCUUCAGCAUCAUGCCAGUGGAGGGCCUAAAGAGCCAACGUUGUUUUGAUGAACUGCGUACCUCCUACAUCAAGGAACUGGACCGUUUGGCUAGCCACCGGGGAGAGACCACCCGUACACAGAGACUGUUUCAGCUCACACAGCUGCUGGACUACCUCCAGUCGAUUGUGAGGAAGCUACACCAGUUCACCUAUGAUCUGUUCAUCCAGGCUCAGUCGCUGCAGACACGUGUCAACUUCCCAGAGAUGAUCUCAGAGAUUGUAAGUGUCCAUGUGCCCAAGAUCCUCUCUGGCAUGGUGAAGCCCAUCCUUUUCCACAAUACAGGCUAAAGAGAGGAGUCUCUGUGAUUGUCCCAUUAUUCUCACUCCUGAGCUCUGGCACCCAGUCCUUUGACCAUUUCUGGUAAAAAUGAAAUGGCUUGAGAGGGUUUAUGAUUUUAUGAGGUGAAAGACGUAUAAGCCCUUCUUUACCUACAGUGUGAAAGUGGGGCAAAGUGAAGCUAUGAGGGGAUAUUAAAGAAGGGAAUACAGCACAUUCUUCCAGCCUAAUGUAAUCUAGUUACAUCUCCUCUGUUCUUCUUACUGUCUGUUCUCUGUAUCACGCACACCAAAUGUUUCUGGAGCUGAUUAAAACACUUUUUAGCAUGCAUUCCUCCACACAAGCCCCUGAAAAGCCUGGCACGUAGACUUCCUCAACCCUUCAUACGGAUUGUGACAACAGACAAUAUUUCAUUUUGAUAGGUAAAACAGUAGUGUGAAAAAGCAUUUUUUCAGAGAUCACAUCACCAUAGCUUGUCAGUAUGUGCAGUAGUUUGACAUUUGGACUAGCUUUUUUCCCACAAUGAAUGUUAUUGUGUGCACCUUAGAUGAACCAAGUUGCUGAUUGACACUUAAUAAUCAGUUGUGGCAUGCAUGCUACGAAGCAAAGCUGUCUUUGCCUGAAGGCGUAUAAAAACAAUUCUGAAAGCUGUUCUCAUCCAUAGAAAUAAUAGUCGACUAAUAGUUUUAGGUGUCAACAAAAUUAAUACAUGUUUAAGCUGCAAAGUGACUGCAUUAAUACAAAAUUCAACUGUAUAUUUAUGAAUAUUGUGAAGUCAAAAGUUCACACCAAAAUCAAUGAAGAAAAUUAUUGGACAAAAGACACAAGACACUCCAAGUCGACUAACUCUAUGGGUGACUUUUUUUUGUUCUUAAGUUUGCUUGUUUUUGAGUGUGAAAUGUUAAGUACAGAUUUUUCCAGAGUGGACAUUUCAUACUGUUGUAACUUUUCUACAGUUUCUUAAAGUGUUCUUUGCAGGUACUUUGUUGUGUAUCAUCCUGUACUCUUUGUAGCUUUUGACCGUUAUGCAUAAUGUUAAAGGUCCAGCCAGGAACCUGCUCAUUUGUUGCAACAUUUACUGCUUAAUGUAAUAAAACUGAAGCAUGAGUGUGUA